AUGGCUGCGGACGUGAAGGAGUUCAAGCAGGGACAGCAACAAGCCGCCGCUGCUGACGACGACGCUGGUCCGAAAUCCAAAUCAGCAAAGAAAGCCGAGAAAGCAGCACGUAGAGCACAGAAAUCUGGUGGCGACGCCGACGCAGCAGCAGCCAAGAAAGCCGCCGCAAUCGCCGCACGAGAAGCCGCUGCAUCCGCUGCCAAAGAGCCCUCGACGCCGUCAGCGCAGUCGUCCGCGACGUCAGCUGUAGCGAAUAAAUCCAGCCAUGGUGGUGGCGGAGAGCAAAUCGCCGUCGUGGACCGGUUACAGGAAAACAAACAAGUCUCCCUCUUCUCGCACCUCGAACAAACGCGACGACUAUCCACCGCAGGUGUUGCGAAAGAUGUGCAUCCAGCUGUCCUCGCCCUCGGCCUCCACAUGGCCGAAUACUCCAUCUGUGGCUCAAACGCCCGUUGUCUAGCAACCUUAACCGCCUUCACAAAAGUCAUCCAGGACUACCAAACACCCUCCGGCACCACCCUCCCCCGACACCUAACAACCCACCUCAACGUCCAAAUCGCAUACCUAAUCUCUUCUCGACCUCUGUCUGUAUCAAUGGGAAACGCGAUCCGGCAUAUCAAGUUGUUGAUUAGUGCGGUGAGUAUCGAUACGCCGGAGGAUGAGGCGAAAGCUGGGUUGAUUGAGGAGAUUGAGACGUUUGUGAGGGAGAAGAUCAUUGUUGCGGAUCGUGUUAUUGUUGAGAGUGGGUGUGGGAAGAUUAGGGAUGGGGAUGUGGUUUUGGUGUAUGCGAAAUCGAGUGUUGUCGAGCAACUCCUCCUCGAAGCAUGGAGGAUCGGAAAACAGUUCCGGGUUAUCGUCAUCGAUUCACGACCACUCUUCGAAGGCCGGCAAAUGCUGCGGACACUAGCCAAAGCUGGGAUCCCGGUCCAGUAUGGAUUCUUGAGCUCAAUCGCGUAUUUGAUCAAGAGCGUCACGAAAGUCUUCUUGGGCGCCCACGCGAUGCUAUUCAACGGCAGCAUGUACUCCCGUGUCGGAACCGCACUCGUGGCAAUGACAGCCCGCGACUCUGAUAUCCCCGUCAUCGUAUGCUGCGAAUCCUACAAAUUCACCGAACGCGUCCAGCUUGACUCUUUUGUGUUUAACGAGCUCGCGUCGCCUGAUGAUUUGGUUACUACGAGUAUUGGGGAUAGGUCCGAUGGGGGUGGGGAGGGGCCGUUGAAGGGGUGGAGGGAUAUGGGGGGGUUGAGGUUGUUGAAUUUGAUGUAUGAUGUUACGCCGGUGAAGGAUAUAACGAUGGUUGUUAGUGAGGUUGGGAUGUUGCCUGCGACGACGAUUGCGGUUGUUGUGCAUGAGACGAAAUUGCAGGGAUAG